AUGGAUUUGGACGACAACGAGGGAGGAGGAGGCGAAUCAUCGGAGGAGGAAACGGCGUCGUUGCUCGCGUGGAUGUCGGCGAAGAAAGAAGCGAUGCUGGAAGAAGAGGAAGAGGAGGAAAAGGAGGAGGAUGAUUCGGUGCCUCGGCAAUUGCCACCGAAACUUUCCCCGAUGAGAAAGAGAGGCGAAGUGUUGACGCCACCGAGCAGACUGUUAGGGGAAGAGACGAGAUAUUCUUCUUCGGAAGAAGAGGAAGAGGAGUUGACAUUUACGACAAAAAUGGAGGAUGAUGCGAACAAGAUCGACGAGGAGUACUUCGCCAGCGAGAAAACGACGAAUAAGAAUACGAGUGGUGUUUCGGCGGAAGCAACGACGAAAACGGUAAACAAGCGGUUAGACGGGAUGACGCUGAAUAGAGAAGAGGAGGAGAAGUACAUGCGAAGGAAUCCGCGACGAGGGGUGGUAUCGUCGUCAGGGGUGGCGGCGUCUUCGCCGUGGGAGGAAGAAUAUGGGAAACCGAUGAUACUUCCAGAGGCGAAACCGAUUGGGAGUUACCCGAUGACGGAUUUGGAGAAAAGGACGUUGGAGUUGCGCGCGGAUCCCGCGGCGAAGGACGAUUUGGAGAGAGCUAUUCAUCUGGCGAUGGAGAGAGCGACGAUACCGAUAAAUGGUAGUGUUGGCAAGACAGUUGUGAGCAAAGAGGUGGGAAAAGAAGAAGAAGAAGAAGAAGAAGAAGAAGAUUUAAAGCGCGCCGCCGCUCAUAGUAGAAAGCUCGCGUUGCAAAAUAGAGAUUUUAGAAGUGUAGAAAACGUCGCGGAAAUCAGGGAAAGCGCGAUGAGAGUGAAAACGUGGUUUCGCGCGCUCGGCGUCGAGCUCAACGAAAACGUGUUGGUAUCCGCCAGAGAUGACGACGAAAACGAGACGGACACGUUUGCUCGAGCGUUGACCAAAGCUGCCACGGAUGGGAGUUUGUUGAAAGAAAUCGUAGAAUCCGAAUCAAAAGUUCGCAUUCCAUCGAGCGUCUUUGCGGCUUCUUCGUCGAUUACGGAAGGCGUUUUGAAACAUUUGCGAACGGUUCCAGGUGUUAAACCGCGGUUUUUGUGGUGCCAAGACGAAAUCGAAACGGGCGUUGACGUCGAAGCGACAGUUGGUUUGUUCGAUGAUAUCAGAACGUGCGGUAGAUGGCGCUAA